AUGUCUCUCAUCACGUCCUAUUUCCUCGAAAACUCUCAAGCAUUGGGGAAGAGGUUAUAUGGCGAUGAUGUGUUUGAAAAGGUGAGAAAAAGUCUUUUGGAAAAAGACCAUCAACCAUCCACAACGGACAUCAAUUCUCAAACUCAUUCCAGCAGUGCGUGUAGUAGUAACGGUAGUGUUGUUUCUUCUUGUACAACGACGACCAUAAAGCAACACAAUAACGAUGCUCCUUCCACCAACGAGAGUCAUCAAGCUUCGGGAAGUAAUUCUUCGGUGGCAACCUCUUCAAAUUUUUCCAUAACAUCUUCAGCAAGCUCAAAAAACGCAUCUCUCAAAGCAUUGACUACAUCAGACAUUGCCCAUCAAAACAACAGAAACGAAAAAGUCAAAUUGGACAUACAAACUACCAAUCAGUGUCUUUACCUUACCACAUUAUUAGGCAUGUUGUCAAAUUUAAGAAAACUGUCAAUUGCCUCUCAAGUGGCCAUCGCGAACAUCACUUCGCUUACUGAUCAAACUUUUAAGAGAGUAUGUGCUGUGCAUGACAAGUAUCAAGAGCUGAGAAGCAAACUUGAGGGUAUUGACUUUGACCAUGUACUGCCCAACGAUCAAGAAAAACCUUCUCAUGAAAAUUAUUCUGUGAGAAAUCAAGAACCUGAUCAAGGUCGUUUCAAUCCAAGCACCAUGACUGACGGAUGGUAUGAACAAUACUUGAGAUGUCCUGAUAAUCCAAAUUUCAAACCUAUCGAAGAUUUAAUUUUGAAACCUGGAUAUGCCCAUGCUUCUAUUUCUCAAAACUAUUCACAUCCAGAAGGUAUCUAUGCUUCUUGGAAGGAAAAUUAUGUUCGUCAAAUGAAGAAUGAAACCAAAAACCAUAAUAAGGCUCGAUCCUUAGGAUCUUCAAGGAAAUCCUUGCAAGUUGGUGACGUGAUUGUUCCUGAGAAAAAAGUGAAAAAGAUCAAAAAGGCAUGGAAACAUCUAGAUAAAAACAAUGGUCUCAAACAACUUGUACAAAAACGGGAAGGCAGUUGCAGUAGCAGUACACAACUGUCAGAAUCACAAAAGAUUGUCAUUACAGGAUGCCACAACAUAGCUCCAGCUAAGAAAACAAAGAUUCACUCAGUGAUGAGAUCCGCAAGUCAAAAAACUCUUUUAACAACUACGACUGUUUCUUCUCCACCCAAAGCAGAAGUAAGGCGAAAGCCAUUGCCAUCAAUACCAAAGUCUAGAAGUGGAGCAAGAAUUGACUCUAAUGAAUCUCCAUUGAGCGAGUUGUCUAACCUGAAAACCUCUCCUUCUCAAGAACUCUCUCAACCACCCUCUGAGCGUAUUGUCAACGUACUGUCCGUAUUAUCACAGCAAGACUCUCACACAAAUGUCCCUUCAAAUGCUGCUGUGAUACCGCCCCCUCCAAUGAUACCUCAACAUCAAAUUCCUCCUCCUCCGUCAAUGUCAUCGAUACAACCUGUGGUAACAAUUAAUUCUUUGUCAAUUCCUCCACCUCCUCUUACUUCUAUUACCCUUGCAUCAAAUGCCCUUGGUACCAAAAUUUCUGAAUUAGCAGGAGUCAGUAAUAAGUCAUCUGCGAGUUCACACCAGAAGCAAGCAGUCUCGCCAAGAGAUCAAACUGUCAGAAAUGACACUAUGGCAGAUUUGCUUGAGAGCAUAAGAAAGGGAAUUAAGCUAUCUAAGGCCACAGAAAGAGUCAUUCCUCAGAAACCACUUCCUGGAAAAGAGGCAUUUGACGUUUUCAGUGUUCUCAAAGAAAAGUUCAAAUUUGCAAGGGGUGGAGAGUCAUGUGAUGAAUCGUUUCGUAAUUAUGGUGAUUCCACCAAUGAAGAUUGGUAA